AUGGUCCUCCCCCUCCUCCUCCCCCUCCUCGGCGCCCUCCAGCCCGCAAAUGCCUUCCCCACACUCCUCUCACUGUUCAAUGUCGUAGCACCCGUCGAAGAUGACGAGCCAGGCGAACCUCCCGGCUCCCCCGAGUUCUGGUACAAGCUCAUUGUUGCCAUCAUCCUCGUCCUCGCAGGCGGCGUGUUCGCAGGACUUACCCUAGGUCUUAUGGGCUUGGAUGAGCUGCAUCUUCGUGUCCUGGCCUCUUCUUCCGACCUCCCGGUCGAGCGCAAGAACGCUCAGAAAGUUCUCAAACUUCUGAACCGCGGACGUCAUUGGGUUCUCGUCGUUCUUCUCCUUGGCAAUGUCAUCGUCAACGAAAGUUUGCCCAUAUUCCUAGACAGCGCCCUUGGAGGCGGUAUCCCAGCCGUGGCCAUUUCCACCGCCAUGAUCGUCAUCUUCGGAAUCAUCCCCCAGGCUGUUAGUGUCCGCUACGGUCUCUCAAUAGGUGCCUCAUGCGCACCCAUAGUCCUCGCCAUGAUGUGGUUGUUCGCGCCCGUUGCCUACCCCAUAGCGAAGCUCCUGGACUACGUGCUCGGACACAAUGAAGCGCAUACAUACAAAAAGGCCGAGCUCAGGUCAUUCCUUGCUUUCCAUAGGCAAGGCGAAGAGCCCCUCCGGGACGACGAAAUCAGCAUCCUGAACGGCGUCCUAGAACUGAACAACAAAAAGGCAGAAGAGAUCAUGACUCCCUUAAAUGACGUCGUCACCGUGAGCGCCGACCGCAUCCUCGACCACGCAACGGUCGAUUUUGUUUUGCGCAGCGGAUACUCGCGCAUUCCCGUGCACAAGCCCGGUCACCCGCUGGCCUUCGUCGGUCUCCUCCUUGUCAAGCAGCUUUCUGUAUACGAUACAUCCACGUCCAUCCCCGUCUCCGAUUUCCCCCUGUCACUCCUUCCGGAAGCCCCUCCAGACAUUAACUGCUUCCAAGCGCUCGACUACUUCCAAACCGGCCGCGCGCACCUGCUCCUCCUCAGCCGCACGCCCGGCGUCGAAGGCGGCGCGAUCGGCGUCAUCACGCUCGAAGACAUCAUCGAAGAAAUGAUCUCAGAGGAGAUCGUGGACGAGACAGACCGGUACGAAGACAACGUCUCCAAGCGCCGCGCCCGCCGCAUGAAGAAUGCCGCCGUCAUGAAGGGUAUCGUCGAGUACCGCGUCGGCGGGCGCGCGAACUCGCUCGCGGAGGGCGACCGCACCCCCCUGCUUAGCCGCAACCAGAGCCCGCUCCCGCCCCCCGAGGGCGAGCGCGCCGCGGGUGCAGGCGCGGGCGGGAACACGCUCGAUGCGACGACGUCGGCGGUGCAGGGCGCGGGCAGUCGGGCGACGAACGCGACGUUGCGCCCGGGGUCGAACUUGAACCCGCAGUAUGGGAGCGUAAUCGUCGGCAGCCCGCGAGAGUGA